AUGUCAACUGAAGACCUAAGAAAAGACUUGGGUUGUGAAAUCAAUGGAAUCUUAUAUGAUCUACAGAAUGUUUCCGAUUUCAACACUUGGAAACGAGAUACACCAAUCUCAACCUACUCUUCGACAUUGAACAAGAGUGUAUUAGCUGGAUCAAUGACAGGAAUGAUGAUAGUAGCGGCUUUCCUCGCUUGUGUCCUCUCUCUAAACUCUAUCUUGCCAUACACAUUAUUAAUACCCACCCAACCUAUAAUCAUAUUUUUAAUGAUCAACAGAAUGUGUAUUAUACAUGUUUUAUUACACCAUAAGAUAGUGUAUCUAUUUACAAGACGUGAUGCUUUGAUACUCUCAAGAUUCAUUGAUUCCAACCUUAUUGAGAGUCAGCUAAGCAAUGCAGACAUAGAGCAUGGUAUUAGGAAAGAAAAAGAGUCUACCCAGUUGGUAUUUGAUUUAAUGGCUAAUUGCACAGAUACUAGAUAUACUCUAUUAGGUUCAUUUCUAAAAAAUUUCAAAUACCUGGCCUAUGACCAACAAUAUCAAUACCUCCUUGGUAUGGAUCAGCUUCACCUAAGAGCAACCGAUGGUAUUGUCAUUGACACGCUAUGUAAAUCGAUCUCCUCGCUCAACGAUGUAAACUCAAUCUGCAAUCUACACGUUUUCACAGAGAAUAAUAUAGAAAUUCCAAAGAAAAUCUAUAGUCAUCUAACCCAGCUAUCAGACAAUUCGAGCUUCGUACAAAAUCAUCUAAUGUACAACCUCCGACUUGCCAAAGGCGUUGACGAAGAGAGAGCGAUAAAGGUUAUACUUAGUCUGUAUGCUGUAGAGAAAGAUCCUAUAUUCUUGGAUAUUCUAUUCUUCUGGAUAUUCAGAUUCUCAGAGAAAUUAUCAACAUCGUUCAGAGCAAAUAUACUCGGCCAAUACAAGUAUUACUUUCAAGAACGCUUCUUGCAGAAAUUCCAUGCCGAUUUUGACCACUGGUAUGACCAUCGAGUUUUCUUUCUUUGCGAGGAAAAGUUUGAUAUAUGGAUUGAGACUGCCAGUGUGUUGACCGCCAGUCAAGUGGAGAGCAUUCUCGCCAACCAGAGAAUCGAAAUGCUUGUACCAAGUGGAAAGUUGGCAACCUUCAUUCGAGCAACCAAAGAAAAGAUCCCUCCAUCUAUCUUUGAAAAGUUCGUACAGAGUGUAUAUCCAGAUCAAUACUUCCAAUUCUACGAUCUUCUUUUGGAUCUGAAUGAACCAGAUGCUCAAUCCACAACAAUAUACAAUAGUAGAGUCAACAAGAACAGAACCCGUUCAACUAAACUAUAUUACAAUAACAUCACAGUGGAUUGUAAACUUGUCAACGGUUUCCAAGCAGUUCCACAAGAUUUGCUCAACUAUUGUAUCUCACAACCCAAUCACAUCGUUGAAGAUUCUGGGACCAAUAGACCAUAUUGGUUCACAGUACUGUUUGUUUAG